CGACAGUUCCCAACACCACCUCUCCACCCAGCGACAGUCACCUGCCCAACCUCACCACCCAGCAACAGUCACGAGCACCACCUCACCCCCCAGCGACAGUCCCCAGCACCACCUCCCCACCCAGCGACAGUCCCCAACACCACCUCCCCACCCAGCGACAGUUACCAACCCCAACUCCCCAACCAGCGAGAUACACCAGCCCCACCUUCACACCCAGCGACAGUCACCAGCACAACAUCCCCACCCAGCGACAGUCACUAGCGGCACCUCAUCAUCCAGCGACAAUCACUAAAACCACCUCUCCACCCAGCGACAGUCACCAGCACCCCCUCCACCCAGCGAAAGUCACCAGCACCACCCCUCCACCCAGUGAAAGUCACCAGCAUCACCUCUCCACCCAGCAACAUCAACCAGCACCACCUCACCACCCAUUGAAAGUCCCCAGCCACACCUCACCACCCAGCACCUCCCCACCCAGCGACAGUUAUCAGCACCACCACUCCACCCAUCGAAAAUCACAAGCCCCACCUCCCAACCCAGCACCUCCCAACCGAGCGACACCCCUCCCCACCCAGCGACAGUCACCAUCCCCACCUCUCCACCCGGCGACAGUCACCAGCCCCACCUUCCCAGCCAGCGACAGUCACCAGCACCACCUCCCCACCCAGCGACAGACACCAGCACCACCUUCCCACCCAGCGACAGACACCAGCACCACCUUCCCACCGAGCGACAGUCACCAGCAACACCUCUCCACCCAGCGACAGUCACCAGCACCCCCUCCACCAAGCGAAAGUCACCAGCACCACCUCGCCACCCAGCGACAGUCAACAGCACCACCUCACUACCCAGUGACAGUCACCAGCCAAACCUCACCAUCCAACACCUCACCACCCAGCCAUAUUAACCAGCCCGACCGCUCCACACAGCCAAAACCAUCAGUCACAGUUCACCAUCCAGCCAAAGUCACCAGCUCCCCCUUUCUUCAAAGCAAACGCCAUCAGCCCCAUCUCACGAAAAAGCCGUAG